AAAGAGUUGUGCGGUAAUCAGCGAUAGAUCGAUUGUCAGUGAUGACAAGUCUCUCAGUGCGAAACGUUACAUGCGAUUAUUAUUUGGAAAAACCAAAUGGUUUUAACAAACUUCGUCUUCACACCAAUGUUAAAGUACCAAUUAUACGAAUGUUUGGUAUUCUGGAGACAGGUCAGAAAUGUUGUGUACAUGUACAUGGUGUUUUCCCAUAUAUAGUGAUCCGAACUAGUGUACAAUUUACCCCUGAAUUUGCUUCACUAUUACGCAGCAAAAUUAGUACAAUCGUUUCGGAUUAUAAUCCACGAUAUAAAUUCAAUGUUAAUUUUGCGAUCUAUCAGAUUAAGUCAAUAACUGCCAGAUCAUUGUAUGGUUACCACAAAAACAAUGAAAAUUUCGUCCAGAUUCUUUGUUACAAUCCACUUCAACUUAAGAUGUAUGUCUAA